GCUGCAAAGGAAGAGGAGGCUGAAGAUGAUGAUGAUAUGGAUGGUUUCCCAACUGAUGACGAUGAAGAAGAAGGUGAUGGAUCUGACAAGGAAAUGGGAGAAGAUGCUGAAGAGGGGGAUGAAGCAGACAGCCUUAGACUUCAAAAGUUGGCUGCACAGGCUAGGGCUUUCCGUGCAAAUGACGACGACUACGACACAGAUGAUGACUUCUGUGACGACGAAGAGCUGCAGUCACCGAUUGAUGAGGUGGAUCCUUUUGUUUUCUUUGUGGAUACCAUCAAAGUCAUGCAAGCAUCGGAUCCUAUUAGGUUCCAGAACCUUACACAGACGCUAGACUUCCAUUAUCAAGCACGUGCUAAUGGUGUUGCUCAGCAUGCUGAAGAGCAGAAAUUGAAAAGGGAAAGAUAGAGAAGGCAUCUGCUGCUUGCUGCUUUGUAAAUCAAGCAUUGGAAUUGAGCGAGUCAGUUUUGUUUGCAUGUCCAUUUGUAAAUGGUUUAUGGAAACCAAGAGCUGGUUCCUAUUCCAUCAAAACAUUUGCUGGUUUUUUGGGUCAGUGUAGUUGGGAUGAACCCCAAAGGGUUUCGAGGUUCAAGUUCACUAGUGCGAGUCCGGCAAGUCUGCGAGUUUGUGGUGAGUAGGGCGAUUCUUUGGUAGAAUUAAGCCUUUUCUCGACUGAGUUGCAAUGUUUUGCCUGUUGUCUAUACCAUACAUUUUGUUUUGUUAGUUUCUAUUGAUUGGUUGAAAAAUACCCCUCUGCCUCCGGGGUUUAUAUUUUUGGCAACCCAUUGGUCUCUUCUCAUUGCCAGCAGUAUGGAGGGUUCCAUGAUACAUGUACCUUGCUGGGUUAAUAGACAGUCAUUUUAUAAAUUCAGGCGCUAUUCUGUGCCUGUGUCCUUUAUGUUAUUUUAUUUUAUAGUCUAGGAAUCUCAAAAUUGGUUAUUUGGGGUUUUUGGAGAUGUUCGGUUGAGAUUUUGGUUCCAAUUGUAAGAUGAUUAUUCUUUUCAUAAUGGAUUAAUGAGAGCCAUUAUUUUUGUAUUUUU